UUGGUCAUGUAGAAUAUUUGGGCCAACUUAUUCGAAUUGAAGGUCCCCCAUUAUCUUCUGAGAUUAAAGAUGCAAAAAAUAAGAAAGCAAUUGAGCGAUCUUUAAAACUAUUUAUUUCUAGAAAACUCGUAGGAUAUAUGAAUCAAGAUAAGAAAAAAGGUUAUGAAUUUAACUUAUCUGUUGAUUAUAUUCUUGUAUUAAAAGAUUCGCAGAAAAAUAAAUGUAAAUUAUGUCUCAAUAAAUUGUUAUGGGAUUGGGACAAAGCUAGAAAUCCAGACCAAUGGACAGUAGAUAGAAUUAAUAAUGAAUUGAGACAUAUUAAAGGAAAUGUACAGCUUACUAGUUUAGAAUGCAAUCGGAAUCAUCGAGUCUAG